UCUUACAACACAACAUGUCUGCCGCAUCGCCAUUACGACAACUUCCCUCACGGUCGCUGGGAUCCUGGACUUGCCUAUCAUGCUCUCGCUCGCUCAAUAGGAUUCCGCGCGCCCGCAAUCCCGCCUUGAUCGCACGAAGAUGGAUAAACUCCACGAAUUCCGCGCGGCAGCAUGGUACCGUGCCCAGAAUGGAUCAGAUGCAUGCGCAAUAUAAGAUGAAGAACCGCACAGUCAUGAACUAUGUCUUUAGUGUAAUAAUAGGCUUCACAGCGCUCAGUUAUGGCUCAGUGCCGUUUUACAAGAUGAUUUGCCAGGAGACCGGUUGGGGAGGCCAGCCCAUAAAGUCUGCGGCACACGGCGGCGAUACUUCCGUUGAUCCCUCCGAGCGCCUAAAGCCCGUAGAACACCACCCACGUAUCCGAAUCACAUUCAACGGCUCCGUAUCCGAUGUCCUACCUUGGAAAUUCGUUCCCCAACAGCGCGAAGUCCGAGUCCUCCCCGGCGAGACCGCCCUCGCUUUCUAUACUGCAACCAACAAAUCGCCAGAAGACAUCAUUGGCGUAGCCACCUACUCCGUUACACCGGGACAAGUCGCUCCAUACUUUAGCAAGAUUCAAUGUUUCUGCUUCGAGGAGCAGCGAUUGAAUGCUGGGGAAACGGUGGAUAUGCCUGUCUUCUUCUACAUCGAUCCCGAAUUUACAAAGGAUCCUAGCAUGAAGGGCAUCGAGACUGUUACAUUGAGCUAUACGUUCUUCAAGGCGAAGUAUGACAAGGACGGCCAUCUGACGCCUGUCCCUAUGUGAAGAAAGGUUGAGAGCAUGUACGAUAUGUGUACACAAUACCUGUGGGAAGCGAGACUACGCUGUAAGGCUGAUGUAGGAAUGCGUCAUAUCAAGCACCACACCCCUUUACCUAAGUCAUAUACCAAGCCAAAUUAGGUCCGAGCACAAUGGCAACUUUUGUCACCCACUAAACUACCAUUGUGAAAUAGCAUCGAUCCAUACAGUGCAUCACCCGUGCACCGACUUCAUAAG